AUGCCGAAUCCAAACCAUAUGUUCCGCUACAGUCAAAUGCCCAAGGCAAGGAAUCGAUUUCAAGAUGAGUCGGAUCUUCGAUCACUUCGGAGUUUCAAAACCGACUUUUCAAACUAUCUGCCAAGUGACACAAAUUUUCUAAAUGUUGCCGAAAUUAUGACCACUUAUGCGUACGGUGAAAGCAACAAUGACAAUGAUAAAGAAGUGCAGUGCGAUUUGCUGACAGAAAAUGGGGGGAUUGAAAUUGACCCGACACGAUUAUCAUAUAGGGAAGAACAUCGAUUUGACAAUGAAUUCUGCUACAAAACGUCAAGUCACGGAAUUCCAAUGCUUGGUCAAUCUCCAAAUGGAAUAUACAGAACCGCAUGGGUUAUUUUGUUGAUGAUUUGUGCUACUCAGUUUAUUAAUCAGGCUGUCGCUGUUAUCCAGAAAUACAAUCGAAUGGAUAAAAUCACCGACAUUCAAUUGAUAUUUGAUACCGCACCAUUUCCGGCAAUCACACUUUGCAAUCUCAAUCCUUAUAAGGAUAGCGUUAUACGAUCUCACGAAAGCAUCAGUAAAAUUCUUGGUGUUUUCAAAAGUGUUAUGACUAAAGCCGGAGGUGGAAAUGCAGCCAGAGUUGAUCCUGAUAUUGAACUUGAUGAUAUCACACUUCAAGCGAAGCGUAAAAAACGCGGUGUCGGUGAAAAAGGAACUUUUGAACCAGCAAAUUCCGCGUGCUCAUGUGAAGAAGAUGGCGGUUCUGACGAGUGUGAAGAAAGAUCCACGGAAAUUCCCAGUGGCAACAAUGAUUAUUGCAUCUGCGCAUUUGACCGACAAACAAAUGAUGCUUGGCCAUGUCAUCUUCGACAACAUUGGCAGAAUACAACAUGCCAAUCAUGUGACGAACAUUUUCUAUGUAGCAAGAAAGCGAAGAAAGGUACGAAGCGAUCACAAAUUAAAAAAGAGCCAUGUAUAUGUGAAAGCAAAGGGCAAUUUUGCAUCAAACAUGAACAUGUUUCAUCAUUAUUGAAUCUUUGGGAAUAUUUCGGAAGGCAAGAAACGUUUGCCGAUGUUACCCAAGAGGAAACGGAAGCUCUUGGUUUUGGGAAUAUGACUGAUGAAGUCGCGAUUGUCACAAAGGCCAAGGAAAAUAUCAUAUUCGCCAUGAGCGCUUUAAGCGAGGAGCAGAGAAUUCUCAUGUCACAAGCUAAGCAUAACUUGAUCCAAAAGUGCUCCUUCAACGGAAAACCUUGUGAUAUUGAUAAGGACUUCUCAUUAGUUGCAGACCCAACAUUCGGCAAUUGCUUCAUUUUUAAUUAUGACCGAAAAAUUAUUAAAAGUAGCAUUCGUGCUGGACCCAUGUAUGGACUUCGUGUAAUGCUUUUCGUCAACGCGAGCGAUUAUUUACCUACAUCUGAAGCCGUCGGUGUCCGAUUAACAAUUCAUGAUCAAGAAGAAUUCCCAUUCCCUGACACAUUUGGAUAUUCAGCACCAACUGGAUAUAUAUCAUCAUUUGGAAUGAGAAUGAAGAAGAUGAGUCGUCUUCCAGCACCUUAUGGAGAUUGUGUUGAAAAUGGGGCCACUUCGAAUUACAUUUACAAAGGGUUUGCAUUUUCGACAGAAGGUUGCUAUAGGACAUGUUUCCAACAUUUAAUAAUUGACCGCUGUGGAUGUAGUGAUCCCAGGUUUCCAACAAUUGGAAAUGCGCAACCUUGUCAAGUAUUCAAUAAAGCACAUCGUGAAUGUCUCGAACAGCACACGCAUGCAAUUGGCGAAAUUCAUGGCUCGUUCAAAUGCAGAUGCCAGCAGCCAUGCAACCAAACAAUCUAUACGAUCUCGUAUUCGGAAGCAAUUUGGCCGUCGCAAGCAUUGAACAUCACUCUGGGAAAUUGCGAAAAGCCAGCGGAGGAAUGCAAUGAAGAAUACCAGGAAAAUGCGGCUAUGCUCGAAGUGUUUUAUGAAGCCCUAAAUUUUGAAGUUCUUUCUGAAUCCGAAGCAUAUGGUAUUGUGAAAAUGAUGGCCGAUUUUGGUGGUCACUUAGGAUUGUGGUCUGGCGUCUCUGUAAUGACCUGCUGCGAAUUCGUCUGCCUUGGUGUUGAAUUGUUAUUUAUGGCAAUUGCUCACCAUGUUAAGCAGCAACGCCUUCGACGAAAGACCGACGAUAAUUAA